GUUAAAUACGCCAUCAGCUGCUGCAGCUUCAACCUGAUCCGUCGUCCACUCCGUCGGUCAAAAUGUCCGCCAAGAUGCUGUCCGUCGCCGUCCUCCUGGUCUCCGUGUGCGUCUGCUUCGUCUCGUUUGCAGGCGCCAUACCCUCAGGUCGCCACCCGGGCGGGAAGAGUCGAAUGUGCUGCGUGGAGGUGAGCAGAGCCAACGUGAGCAGCAGCGUGACUGACAACAAGUACCACGAGCAGCCUGCCAAAGAUCCCUGCGUGCACGCCAUCAUCCUCACCACCACAAAUAGAAGAAAGGUUUGUGCUGAUCCCACGGCCAAAUGGGUCCAGACACUCAUCGCCAACAUGACGAAGGUGUGAAGCAUCGCUGUGUGACCACAGCGAACGUCAGCAACGUGCACAUACGCACAUAUGUUUUACUGUAAUAAUCUCUCUGAACGCAUUUACCUGAGCUUAAACAUUUAUAUAUUCUAAAAGUGCAUUAUCAAGCAUAAAUAUAUGUUAUGUAUCCAAAUAAAGCAGGUGUUUUUUAUAAAGUUAUUUGAAGAAUGUUCAUGAAUAAAAUGAUUCUCCUUUUGCCUUUUAA